AUGGGUUGCGAGAUUUCGAAGGACAGCCCGGAGGGGAAAUGGAUUGAAAAAGAUAAAUCCGGACCAACAAAAGUUCAUCCAGUCGACAUCCAGACGACACUUCGCCCAAAAACCACUCCCGAUUUACCAGAUUUACCAAAAAGCGAAACAAAGCAAGAAGUGGGGAAAGAAGAGAAAGAAAAAGAGGCGAAAGAGACGAAAAAGGAGAAGGAGACAAAAGACGACUCGAAAAUCCCCGAGCACAAUCCCUACAAUCGGAUUCGCAGUGGCUCGGUGGCGACAAUCAUUAUGGAGAAUCGGCCACCGUCCGGCGUUUCUCACACCUCGUUCACUCGAGUGUACAAGCAGCGCUUGUCGAGUCGCCCAUUCACCAUCGAUACCUCAAGAGCAAAAUCGAAUCAGCCAGUCGUUUCGCAAUGCGCUCAAAAGAUUGGGAUCACUGAGUAUCCCGAGGGUCGAGACGAUAAAAAACCGUGCGAUGUCUAUUGGCAUAAUGUUGUUUAUCCGGAUAUGUGUCGAGUGGUCACGCAUGCAUCAGCUAGAGUCAACAAGUUUCCUGGGAUGACUGAGCUGGCGAAAAAAAUCUCGUUAACCCACUCGAUCUCGUCAAUGCAGAAGCUCUUCCCUGAUGAGUAUGGUUUCUAUCCAAAAUCGUGGUUCCUCCCGGCACACCUGCGCGAAUUCGAGGAGUUCUCGGGGAGACAAGGGAAAAACGAUGGCACACAUUGGUUCAUCGUUAAGCCGGACGACGGAGCUCAAGGCACCGGGAUUUAUCUGAUCAACUCACCGUCGCAACUCAAAGAUCCCCUGCAGAAGCAACUCGUGCAGGAAUACGUGGCUGAUCCGUUGCUAAUGGGCGAUCAGCUGAAGUUCGAUUUCCGAGUAUAUGGAGUGAUUCGAUCGAUCAAUCCGUUGUCGAUUUACGUGGCAAGAGAAGGAAUGGCCCGUUUCUGCACCGAGCGCUACAGCAAACCGACGACAUCGAAUUUCGAGAAUUUGUUCUCACAUUUGACGAAUUACUCGCUAAACAAGUCGAAUGAUUCCUAUAUUCACAGCAAUACGCUACAUGAUCAGAUAAAAGGCUCGAAACGUCUUCUUUCCACCGUUUUCCACCAGCUUGAGUCACGAAAUCUGAAGACGAAAAAGCUCUGGCAUGAAAUAAAAAUGAUUCUAGUCAAGACUGUCCUCGCCAUGCUCCCCGAGAUCAUGCUACACUACGAGCAUCACUUUAUUGACAAGCCGGGCCCUCAGUGUUUUCAGAUAAUCGGCUUUGAUGUGAUGAUUCGUGCGAAUGGAGACCCGGUGCUACUCGAGGUAAACGCGGCCCCGUCGCUGACAAUCGAUCACCAGAUUUCGCCAGACGAACUUCUCUAUGAGGAACCCCAAAAAGUGCGGAGUAUCGUCGACGAGGUAAUCAAAGUGCCGCUGGUGAGGGACACGCUGUUGCUGGUGUUGAAUCUGAUGGACCAGGAGUAUUCGUCGGCCAGAUCACUGGGCUCAACCCAGUCGACGACAAGCUCCAAUCCGCCCGAGCACACGGCUGACGAUUUGGACACACUCAAAUCGAAGCGGAAACCACACUUGGCUGAGAUUUUCCCGAAUCGCUACGGCGCACACUCGUUUCAUUUGCUUUUCCUCGAUCGAGCCGUCUACCUCUUUAUGCAAUUCGUCAACCUACGCACCACGAUCAAUAUUUCGGUGUCUGGGCUGAAGUUGUUCAUAAAGAAAUGCAAUCUGCACAUGUUGAUAAACAGCCGGGAAAUCGAUUUAAAAGCCGCCGAAAUCAAUUUUUAUCUCACUGGAGAUCAUUCAAGGCUUCUAGGAAACGGCCUUCCCUUUCACGGCUUUUUGCAAUUCGUUUUCUAUGUGGCUGAGCGAAAAUUCCCGAAGGAGGGCUCAUUGCUGGAGAAAGUGCAACGACUGAUGCACUUCUGUGAUCAAUCUUUACGGCAUUAUGGAGUGCGGAGCGCACGCUUGAGGAGAACCGAGGUGGCGACGGCCGAGGGCGAGGAUGGCCCGGUCGAGAUCUACAUGCUGCCGUUGAGAAUGCGCGGGAAAAGACGAUCCCGUUCGUCGAUGUCCACGAAUCGCUCGAAAUCCCAGCCGCGCGGUGACCGAAAUAAUAACGCGCUGAGUUUACCGAGAAUCACGGCAAAUUCU